ACGCAUGCAUGGAAUAUACGUGUGGCAUGGUGUUGACAGGAAGGGACGUGGGAUAUAUAAAUAACAACAUUGUGUUGUGUGUCUAUUGUUUAACGGCGCUCUCGGUAAUAUUCCAGUUUUUUGACUGUAUAUAAUCGAGUCGGGACCAACGUCGCACGCCGUCGGGGUAAACAAUAAGACACGCAAUCAACAAAGUCUGACAGUGUCCAACCGAUCCACCAAGUCGUCUCGUAUGUCAAGCAAAGGCUGGUUGCGACCAAUGCUAACCCGGAAUCUUCACGUACGGUGUCUGUUGUGUUAUAAGUGCCAUGUGUGAAAAUGUUUCUAGAGCUGUGUAUAAUUAGGUGAUCAUUAAAUCAUAGACUGAAAAAUAGUGUAUGAACUUUGAGGUGACAGAUGUACAUUUGUAUUUUAUGGCUUGAAUCAAACCUAGGUCGUUUCUGUUAUCAUUGAUCAAACCUAUGUUUGCCAAGAUCACAAUGUGUAUGUGUGUGAACACAAAUCAAACUAGCAUAUGAUAUCUGAGUGGGCUAGCACUAUAAAAAUCGGCAUCAGUCCGGAGUAGUACAAGCAGCCACACACACGUGCAUGCACGUCACUAUAUAUGUGCAAUAAUCUUGGACGCAACGUUAAACCCCAUUUCACCUCACCUUAUAUAUAUUAGCGUCACUCGCACUCCUCAACGUAUUUUUUAAAUAUGAAGUAUUCAUGUUUUUUGUUUUUAAAGCAAUAUUUAUUCAUUCAUUACGUAUUCUGGAUAAUUACAACAUAAUUAUAGCCGACAAAACAUUAUGAUUCGUUGCCACACAGUCAUCAUGUUCAAUACACUCAGAUUCAUAAACAAAGCUUCCCAAAUUAACAGUGUCAAUAUGUACCUAACAGUUGUGAAACCGUUAUUUCAUACAUGAACACAGUGUCAAAUCACUCAAAGUUCUUUUAACCUAAACAAAAAUAGUUUUAAAAUGCGACGAAUAAACUAUAUAUUCAUAGAAGACGUAAUAUUACUCACAUGACGGUUUAAAGACCGUAUUGUAUUUAGUUUGGGCACAUUGCCACUUGAGAAUUUCCAUCAAAACCACUCAGUUGCAGGGAAAAUCACUGGAAUGUUUGUUGAUAAAGAAAUUAUUUGUGAGGAAAAUAGUAUGUCUCGAUAAUAUAACUUUUGCGCAUGCGCGUUGGGCAUUGUGUGUUCCAAGCAGGUGCGAGGGGGACGAAGUUGUUAGCCCACAAUUUGGCCGACAGGACUGCAUAAUCGGCGUUAUUUGGUGUUAAAGGACAUUUGGUUUGCUGCGUCGCUGCGUCCCUUUCCGCACGUAGUUGUAUUAUUACUUUUUAAGAAAUAUUAUUUAUUUACGUUUGUGCGAUGUCGACACGCACAACGUCCGCAAGGGGGCGCUAGGCGUGUAUCGUCAUUGCGUCGUCUGUUAAAAACAGCUGAGAGAUCUCUAACAUAUGUCAUAAGCAGUAUUUCUAUACUGCGGGGAUGUGACAGUUUGAUAGCUGCACACAGGAGGGAAGAAGAAUAUUCAAAAUGAGCGUGGAAGUCAAAACCCCGACGAAAUCACAGUUUAAAAUCGAAGGAUUCCCUUGUGGAGAACGAUUAAAACCAGGGGAUGGCGGCGAUGAAAAGUUACAAAAGGAAUCGAAGAAUAAAGUUGGCAAAGAUGUGUCUUUUCAGGAUAAAAAUGGAGAUAAACAGCAUAGGAAUUCGUUUUCGAAGGCUGACAAACCCAAGGAAAUUCAAUACAGAAAAAGACGUUAUUCAAUGCCACAGAAACUCGGUGAAUCAGCACAAGGAUCUCACAUUUCAUUUAUGAAGAAAAGAAAAUUUCUCAUGGAUGCAAAGGUUAUGGGGAAAAAGAUCACUUUACCAACAAAAUUUCUUUUGGGGGGGAAUAUUAAUGACCCCCUCAAUCUGAACAGUUUAUAUCAUGAUGAAGAAGGAAAAGUUUUGAAUGAAUCAACACCAGUUUCCUCGCCCAUGCCCACACCAUCACAUCGUCAGAAAGUUGAAGUUGUCAUUCCACCAAACAUCACAGACCCAUUGAAUUUAAAUGCUGAUGAUGAUUCAUUUAUGAGUAGAAUAUGCAAGAAGAGGAAAAGAAGUUACAGACAUAAGCGUAAAGAAAGUACAUCUCAUUCAACAUCCACACCACUGUUGAAAGAGGGGCCUGGGGAGAAGAAGAGAGAACUUUUGGAAGCGUUGAAAAUAGACAUUGACACCAGCCAUGAUGUGUGUGAGGAACUGUCCAGUGGUGAACUGACUCUUGACAUUCAAAGUGCUAAUACCAACAAAUGCAGCAAUAAGAUAGUAUCCCCAGUCAUCCCCCAGGCGUCACCAAAAAUCAGGAGGAGGAGGAAGACAAUAAGUGAAUCCUGUAAUAUUACUGAGACAACAUUUGAUGCAUCUAGAGCAUUAUUCUGUACAAGUAGCCCUGAACCAAAAAUAACACCGCCGAAGAAAACCAAAAGACAGUUCAGCAACCCAAAGAGUUCUAGUUUUUCUAAAACAAAAAGCCCUGUGAAGUUUGCAAAAAAUCCCAAAUUCAUCUAUGGCAAUUACAAUAGGUACUAUGGCUACAGGAAUCCAAGUGCUGAACAAGAUCAUAGGAUGAUCAAUUUUGAAUCGGAGUGGUUUGAGACAAAGGAUGUUUUGGACAUUGGAUGCAAUGUGGGACAUUUGACUUUAGCCAUAGCCAGAGAUUAUCAUCCAAGGAAGAUUAUUGGUAUGGACAUUGACGCUAAUCUGAUCAAAAUCGCAAGGAAGAACAUUCGCUACUAUAUGGCUUCCUGUUCUACAGACACAACAAAGUUUGCAACAUCCAGCACAGUGAACUACGGCCCAAUGGCAGCUCCUCCACUGGGGAAUGAACAGGAACUUCCACAAUUUCCUCAUAACUUGAUGUUUAUGCAGGGAAACAUAGUGCUUGAGAGUGAUGAGAUGCUGGAGUUUCAGGAAGAAGAAUAUGAUCUGGUCCUUGCUCUCAGCAUCACAAAAUGGAUUCACCUCAACUGGGGCGAUGAUGGAUUGAAGCGUGCAUUCAAGAGAAUAUUCAAGCUACUCCGACCUGGAGGCAAACUCAUACUGGAACCACAGGCUUGGGCUUCCUACAAAAAGAGGAAGAAGCUGAACGAAACGAUCUUCAAGAACUAUCAGGACAUUAAGCUGAGACCAGAGAACUUUCCAAACUAUCUCCUUAAAGAGGUUGGAUUUUCCAAGUGUGAAGUCAUUGGAGUGCCUUUCAACAAGUCAAAAGGUUUCCGUCGCCCUCUCCAGCUAUACACCAAAGCUGACACAUCGGGAAAUACUCCUUACACAGACAUUGAUGAAAACAGCCAGAGCAGCAGAAGCCAUGUGUUAGCCCCAACGCUGCAGUCCGUCGCGUCCCCACAGCUAGCCGACAGCCAGGACACAGCAAGCGAGAAGGGCAAGACAGCUGGUCCAGUUCAACAGGUGUCGGGGCAGAGCUGUGGACAGUCGGACGCUUCCAGUGGUCAGCAGAUGAAGGGUCCUGGCCUGUCGACGCCCCCUUGUGGUGAACAGAUGGAUGUGGCAACUUGUGAAGACAGUACACAGGAAGACACUGCCUCAUAGAUCACAAGAUAGGACAGCAGAAGAAUUCUGUGACAUGAAGCUGAUAAAUACUCAAGCAAUUAAGGCAUUCUUUUUAUUGACUGCAUGUUAUGUUGCUUGGUAUAUUUCUUAUCAACCUAUAGGCCGAAAGACGUUGGAACAAUGAUUGUUUUGUACAUAUCCUUGACUAAAAUAUGUCACCAAAACCAGUGCAAGUCAACUCUUGGUGUUUAUCCUUCAUUCUCUCCUGACAUCGUAAACUUAGACAAGGCUAUGUCAAGACCCCAAUUAACUCUCAUCCUCUCAUUUGUUUUUACCAGUUCCAUUUACUUGUUCGGGAUAAUGAGGUAUUUGGAUGUUUUUUUCAUAGUCCUUGGACAAAAGCUAUUUGAGAGUUGGUAUGCACCUGCAUAAAAUAUUAAUUGUUAUACAUGAACAGUUCUUUGUUUAUGAUCUGUUCAUUAAUGCCAUGAGCAAGUCCUCUUAGAAGCAACAAUAUAUGACGUGGUUCCACCUUGAAAUACAUUAUUUUUGAGCUCACCCGUUUAAGAUUAAUAUAAUUUUGCAACAAUUGUUAAGUGGCUGAUAUCCAAACUUGAUCAUGUCCAGUUUGUGAUUUGUUCCCAUCAGUGCUUGUCAUGCCCCCGAUUAAUAUCCUUAUUCAUGCUGUUUUAUUACAUUAAUGAAAUAGGUUUUGAACCCAAAAUCAUGAGAUUUGGUUCAGUAUUCAACUUCUGGGACUCUGCAGAGAAAUAAGAAUUGGCCAGUUUGACUAUUAAUGAUACUAAUGGUUGGAUAUAUUCUGUUGACUGUACAUAAUGAGAAAAUACACAAAUCUUUUCCUAACAUGA